GCGAUCUGCUCGCUUAGCUUCCGUACACUCUUGAUGUGGAAAUUUUGAACACUAUUCGAGAGACAGUUAUCUUUUGCAAGUUCUUGGUUGUUGUUGAGUUGUGUUGCCGAGGUCACAGGUCACUCGGUUGGUAGUCGCCGCUUUUGCAGGUUAUUGCGCGGGUCAGAUGGCAGGGAGACCUACUUCAUCAUAACUGAGUUUUCAAGAACCCAGCACAAGUCAUUUGCUGGCCAUCAGUUUUCUUCAUCAUCUUUGCAUUGACAAAGAUUCCGAUGAACCUCUCCAACAAGUCCUUCAUCCUGUCCUUCGGCUCUUCAACCACCAUGAUCGAACCAUGAGGCCCAAUGAAUGCUUAUUCCGAAAUUUCAAGUGCAUGAAAAUCACAGUGAAUAUGAAAUAACCGAGAAGGGACGUGAACUGCUCAGUACUCAAAGUAGCAUGCUUUGAUUGAAAUUACGAAAAAGUGGAUACAGUGAGUACGGUUUGACAAAUCAAAAGUGCCAUAAUGGGUAAAAAAGAAGGCAAGAAGGCUUCAACCCCGCAAGUCGAGCAGGCGCCCUCUGAGGCGCCCGUGGUGGAUGAGACGCCCUGGUGGGAGGCCGACUUUCGCGGUCGGUCUCUGGACGCGGAGGGCUUCUCGUGGCGGCUGUACAUGGUCCGAGAGGAGACCGACAGCGACGCCGACCUCAUGGCCAUGCUGCUGUCGGCCGUCCGCUCCGGUGUGCGCCGUCAGUUCGUACUGCUGGAGCAGGAGGACGUGCUGAAGCUGGUGCCGGAGGUCAAAAAGCCGGCGCCUGAUCCCAAACAGAAGGCCGGUGGGAAGGCCAGUAAGCGCGAGCCGCCGGCAAGUCACGCCGUGUGCGGUAUGCCACCCGAAGAGGGCAUGCUGGCGGCCGUAGGUGAGGUACUCCGCGACAACGGUCGGCUGGACGCUACCUCCCUGGCCAUGGUGGUCAAGCACGCGCUGUCGCUGCUGCUGACAGAGCGCAGGGCCGCCGCCGGCGCCGAGGAUCCCCUACCUAUCCCCGCGUCGCCCGAGGCGGCCAGCGCCGGCAAGGCGGCUAAGAAAAAGGAAGUCCCGGCCAAGAAGAAAAAGAUGUCGACCAAACCAGAGAAGACCGCCGCUGCAGAGGAGGAUAAGAGCGCGGAGAAGGAUAAGAGUGUUGAUAAGGAGGAUAAGGAAUUCGAGGCGUUCUGUGAGACCCGUCCGAGCACCCUGCGGAAGCGUGGAGAGGCGCUCGAGCCGGCUUAUAAGGACGACGAGCCGCCGGACGGACCCGAUCUAUACGUGCUGCUGGUUGGGUUCGGCGAGCCGCGGCUGCCUCGUGAACUGGCGGCCUGUGGGGUGCAUGUCGAGUCGCUGGUGGCUCUGGGCAGCGAGCGAUGUCAUCUGCGUAACGGCGCCUCGGCAGCCUCCUCUGAUACCGACCAGGCCGGAUGGUUUUGGAGCGAGCUGCCGGCGCAGCUGGUGGACCCCAUCGGCGGGCUGGAGGACACUGCGGUGACGCGCGUGGCAGUGGACAGGUGUCGGGUGCAGUUCGCGCCGAGCGCCACCAGUGCUGCCGAUCAGGUAUACACAGCCGUGGCGUAUGAGAUCUACCGCCUGCUGCGUCUCCGUUCGCUAUUUGAACGAUACGUGCAGAGUGUGACGGCUGUGCCGGUGCCGGACGCACCCCGCCCGCCACCACCGCCUCCCGAGUCCCCGCCGGAUGAGCCGAUGGCGGAGCUGUCUGUGCCUAACACUCCAGCAGGCUCGGAGGUGGAGCUGCUGGAGCCGUGUGUUCAGCCCCCGCUCGAAUACCGGCGGCUACUCGAGCCGCUGCCGCCCGAGACGGUCACGGUGCCGCUGCUGGUGAACGCUCUGGUGGAGCAGGUGUGUGUGUGGGCAAUGCCGGUCUGGCAGCGUCAGCAGGAGACGCCGGCGCCGCCGACUCCAAAUGAACCCACGCCAGAACCUGACUGUGAGGAGUUGGAGCGGCGUGUGGCCCUACAGGAGGAGUUCACACCGCGGAUAGACGACGCCGACCGCGGCCCCGUGCUGGUGUACGAGGGCGACGACGUGAACGCCGCUUUCUGGGACUGGACUGACCGCGAGCCGGUGCUGAGUGCCGAGCACGUGCUGACGCAGACGGCCGAGCUGCAGGCGCUGCAGGGCCGGCUGCCGGCGCCGAGCGGCGCACUGUGGCGCCACCAGGCUGCCCGCCAGGAGCUGCGGGCCGCCGAGGACGGGCCGCGCUCCGAGCCCGCCGCCGAGUUGCUGCUCCGGCAACUGGUGUUCGAGUCCAUGUACCCGGCUCUGACGGCCGACUGCAGCGGCGGCGGCGGCGGCCCGCUGGCCUACCCGCACCCGUUCCUUCCGGCCCAGUCGGUGCGACCGGACCGUCAGCAGCUGGCGCCCGAGUGCGGCCACGGCCAGAUGGAACCCGACGCCCAGUCGCUGGAUACCGGCGAUGAACUGCUAACGCCGCCAGCGCAGUUCGCAGAGUUCUGUGUCAGCGAACGACUGGACCGGCUCACCAUGGCCCAGGCGCUGGAGGCUGCGCGGGACGGCCGUCGCCGCCUGGCCGCCUACCAUUUCGGCGGCGAUGAUGGCCUUUAUCUGGUGUACGGUCACCCGCGUGUGCGCGGUGGCUCGCUGAGUGAUCAUUGGCAGCGGCGAGCGCACACGGCCGUCGGUCUGCGUGACUUCAUCGAGCACGUGCAGCACUGGCCCGAAGUGCGCUCCUGGAUGCAGCACCAGUGCGGGCAGCUGCGAAAUGCGUUCGCGCCGCGGCAGACACCCCCGUCGCGGCCCGGCUCGGCGGCAAGCAGCGCGUGGCCGUCGCCCGCCGAGCUGCCGCCGCCCGGCUCCGGCGUUCAGCUGCCGGACGCAAUGUUCCUGGUACCGGGCUCGCUAAAAUACGAGGCGAGCGUCCGGCAGGAGCGUGGGGAGGAUGAAGCUCCCCGCGAGCCGACCCAGCCUGCCACACAGCCCGCUCCGGCCCCGGCUGCCAAACAGACCGACAAAAAGAGAAAGGAGUCUCGCCGUCGGAGUUCCGAACAAUCCCCUCGUAAAAACAGCGACAAGGGUCACCAUCGGGAGGAGGGCGGCUCCCCGUCGCCCCCGCCCCCGCCGCCGGCUGCCAUCAGUGUGGUGCAGUUUGAGAUCCGACCUCACACUCCGAACGCCGGCGCCAGGCAGCGUUCACCGAGCCCUGUGCCGCCGCCGAAGGUAUUUGAAGGUUACAGCGUGUCUCUGGGUCGGCUGUUGGACGUGCACGGCGGCCGGCAGCGGCAGUACUUUGGGGACGGCUCUCAUGUGACAGUACGUCACAGUCGCUACGUGCACGGCCCGGCAACGCUAACAGUGAGCGUGCGGCGAGGUGAGACGCGGCUCACUCUCCACCCGGCCGGCGAGCGGCCCGACCUGGUGGCGGUGCUGGCGGGCGGUAUCCUGCUCCAUCCUCAGACCGUGAUGCGCGAGCCGCAGCCGCCGCCACAGGAGCCGGCGCCGGCGCCCCCACCACAGGAGGCCCCUCCACCUACGCCUGGGUCCGAAGAGCCGCCAAUGUCCCCACCGCAAUCACGCCGGUCUGUGCGACACCGCUCCCCACCAGAGAAGAGCAAAAAGAAGGAGACAAAGAAGGAGAAGAAGGCGGAACCAAAGAAGGCCGCGGGGAAGAAGCGGCAGCCGGCGGAGGAGGAAUCACCGGCGCCUCCGCUGGUGGAAGUUCCGUCCGGUCCGCCGGCGGAUGAGUGUCCCGAUCAGCCGGCUGAAGUCGCCGGGCGGCUGGUACAGACUCUGCGACUGUCCUGUCCCAGCGGGCUGGUGGUGGAGCUGCAGCCAGAACCGUUCUGGCCUGGUCCGGAGCCGCGUCUGCGAGUGGUCCAAUAUUAUGUUGACGCUGCCUGCGAGCGGCGCCGGGUGCGAGUGUAUCUGAGUGACGGAUCGCUGCUCCUCCUGCACGGCGCCGAUCAGCCGGAGGACGAGGUACGCGUUCUGAGCACCGACGGCGGACAGACCACCUACCGACGCUCCGACGCAGGUCUCACUCUGGUGCGCGCAGUCACCGGCGCCGGCCGUCGCCUCAGCUGGGAGCCGGACGCUCCGCCCGAACCCCGCCCGCUGCUCACAAAGAUGGCCACGGAUCCGGUGACUCGCGAGCUGUACCUGCAGCGGGAGGACGGAGCGCGUGCCGUGGUCCGUCCCGGCGGACAGUCUGUGCUGCAGCUGGCCGACGGCACGCGUGUCACCAUCUCACCGCCCCCGCCGCCCCCAGUCGUGGCCGGUGCCGAGCCUCGCCCGCCCGGCUGCUCCGACUAUCUCGUGAAUGAGUCGGGUUGGAUCGGGGCCGCAACAGUCACCUGGCUGCUCGGCGCUCAGGUUACCGUCGAUGACGCGACCUGUGCGCAGCGUUCUGUCACAAUCGAACACCCGGAGUACGCGAGGGUUGAGAUGGACCAAGCUGAAGCACGUUGCCGCGUCCGACUGCCACGCGGUCUUCUAGUAGAAGCUGACAGCGCGGGAUUCUUCUACCUGAGCCAGCCGGACGGAUCGCGUCUGCAGCUCGACGACCAGGUGCUGUGUUUCAGCGGGCCGGGUGACACCGGCCGCCGGCCCGUGGUGCACACACUGCGUCUGGCCCCGGACGGUUGUGGUGCCCUCUGUGAGACUGUGGACGGUGACGGCGCGGUGUGGCAUGUCACCGCAGAGGGGCGGCUCGAACCGGUCGGCGCGGCACCGGAGCCCCUACCGGACCCGCUGCCGCUUCACCUCCGUAGGCAGGUGGAGCUGGAGACGGUGAUGGCAGAGCGUCCCGAGCUGUUCGUGCUGUAUCGGCACGGAGAUGGGGUCCGACUGAUGGCCUCCGAUGAAGCCGAGCGGUACUUGGAGGACGUGGAGAGCACGCCGGGCGCGCUCGCUGUCCAGGAGCCUCAUCAGCAGGACGACGAGCUGACGGUGGUGAAAACGUUCCGACCGGUGGGAACAACGCUGGCUGAGCGGUGGCGCGUGCCCUACCGCGAGGCCACUAUCGUUCCGCCGAACCUUCGCUGCCGCGAUCUGCAGCUACUCUGUCGGGACGCCGAGCCGCCUCAGGCCGGCGCUACUGUGUGGGGCGGUGGGGAGCCGGUGGCCGGCGCUGGCUCGCCUCCCCCGCCGCGGCUACCCUCUGGCCUGGUGUGUACCCGCGAGCUCCUGGUAUCCCCACCACUCCCCGAGCCGCGCCGACUAGCCGUGCUGCGCGCUGUAAACGCUCUCCGGCUCCGGUGGCGCUCCGAGUCGGACGGCGACGGGCAGCUGCCGGCCGACGAGCCGCCCCUGACUCACGUCCAGCAUGUCUACGAGCCGGACCGACUGCUGAACUGGCUCAGUUCGACGGCCUCACCGUCGCCGGCACCGGUGCAGACAGUCGACGAACCGACACAGCGACACCGACAUCGACGCAGCCGUGCGCCGUCGGCAGCCGUCGAUAUCCGCGAGCUGGACAAGAUCCUCAUCUACCGAGAGAUGCUGCGCCGGCGCCGAUUCCCGGGCUUCUUCCUGACCGCGGACGGUCGCCAGUUUCUGGCCACGCUGCGGCAGACCCCGCCCGAGGAACGACCGGCUCCAGCAAGACGGAGACUGAAGCACGAGCCGCUGCGACUGGUGGCGGCGGCACGCGGCGAGCCACCUCUUCCGCCCGUCGGCUCCGGCGCCGUUCUCUGCCGGCCCGAGCGGCUCGACCUGGGCCUGGUGCGGCCGGACCGGGCCGUCUGUGCCGAGCUGGCGCUCUGCAGCACGGCAGACACCCCUCUGACGUUCCGGGUCAUCCCGCCGGGUCCGCCGGUCGGGGUGCGUGUCUGGCCUGAGCUGGGAGUGCUGCCGGCCGGCGGUCAGGCGGUGCUCCGUGUCCAACUGACGCCCUCGGCGGCCGUGCGCAGUAGGUCAGUGUUCUGCCUGCUGGAGGUAGUGGUGGAUGACGGAGCUCAGAGGCUCUCCGUCCCCGUGGUAGCGUGUGUGGCCGCAGGUGGCGCGGCGCAGAUGCUGCCCGACAGCGCCGGUCGCUGCCACCUGGGCGCUCGGGUCUGAAUCGAGCGACGACGGACCGACCGAUGGGAGACGUCUACCGACUGGCGUCCCCAGCAAAACCCAAGACCGUUGGGGUCCGAUCAUGUCAGCCGCCAGAUAGUGCGAAAUCUGCCGAAACGACAUGCUGUUCGAACUCGGGGUUGAAGACUGAGCUGAUCGUAAGAGAUCUGCCAGAAACAUUAGCUGUAUUUGAUUAAAUUGUCUAACGUUUUCUAUUGAAUCCAAUUUUGUCCGUGAUCCUUGAUCAUCUUGUCACCUAGUCCUUGUCUUUCAAUGCGAUCUAUAACAAACAAAGCUGCGAAAUCAUCGCCUCGCUGAAUGUCAAUUCCCAAAGAACCUAAAACGGUUAAUCAAUAAUUGCAACCAUGUGAAACGACCGAAACGAUCGAAUAAACGACUUUCUACAACCUACA